UAGAUAGUAAGUGCUCUAGUGCUACUAGAGUAGUCAGUCAAUAUCACGUGCUCCUGUAAAGUGCAGAUAGUAAUGAGCUGGUAGUCACGUACACUGUAGUCAGCCUGUAGUCAGCCUGUAUUCAACUCAGUAGUAUUAGUUGUGAUCUCAGCUCAGUAGUAUUUGUUGUAGUCAUCUCAGUAGUAUUAAUUGUAGUCAUCUCAGUAGUAUUAGUUGUAGUCAUCUCAGUAGUAUUAGUUGUAGCCUGCUAAUUACUAAAAGAUAUCGUUUGGAAUGUUUAACUACUUAAUAAUCCAAAGUAAAAUUUUAAAUCGGCUCUGAACUUUUUAAUUUUCAUUUGACGUACUGGAUGUAAUUCCCAUUUCAUGCUCUCUGACCCGUUAUUUAGUUGUAUAACCCGGUUAUUAUUAUUUAUUUAAACGUAUCCUACUUACCCUACCAAUAAGUUGCCUAAAUAUAUUAUUUCUCUUCGUAUCUUCAAGUUUAAACAGUUUAUAAAUUUUGUCAACGUAAGUUUCUGGAAUUGAGGUCAGAGAUUAAUAAGUUAAAUAAAUUGCUUUGAUUUCGACCUAUCCUAUUCUUAAACUCAUUAGUCAAAAGAAGCUUUAAAUACAACAUAACAGGGAUGUAUCAUUGGAUAUUUUUAUUUAUAAUAUACCUUGUGAUACAAUCUGUUCAGUUCAAAUUAAUAAAACAUGUGUUAACUGUUAAUCAUCCUAACUGAAUGUAAUACAUUUAUAGUGUUGUAAUCAGUUGUAAUUAGUUGUGUUGCAAUAAGUUGAGUUGUAAUAAGUUGUGUUGUAAUUAGUUUCCAUCUUAGGAAGGUAGGGUCAACGUCUACUUACAACCAGGAACGAUGAAGCAGUAAAAAAUUACGAACUGUAAAACACAGAGGUCUGAGACGAGAUAUCAAGGUGGCGGCGGAGGUGGAGCGAGAUACGGUGAGCUUGGGGAGUCUGUCGAGCAAUGAGGAGCUUCAUGACUCAGGAGGGGAGGAGGAUAUUGGGGAAGAGGAGGAGGAGUUGGAGUUAGAUACCAAGCAGAAACACUCGCUUACUAUAAGGGUUCAGAAGAAGUUUCCUCAGAUUUUGGGGAAAACGUUUACGAAGACUCUAAUAGGACUGAUUGAUGAAGAUACAGGUAUUAUUCUCAACACACUCUAUCAACUGAUAAAGGAGCACACCGGUCAAGCAGAUAAGGCUAAAAAGAUUAUAAAGUAUUUGAUACGAUUCCUCAUCAAAGUUGGAGUUUUCUUCAAGAACAAUGCAUUUAAUGAUGCUGAAAUGAUAUUAUUCUCUGAAUUCAAGGCGAAGUAUAAAACAACUGCACUAACAUUCAUCAGUUUCUCUGAGGUUAACUACACGUAUGACAGAGAACUGCUUGUAGAUUAUUUUGGAUGUGUAUUCGAUCUGCUUAGGAGCCUCAUCAAGCGCCACAUAUCCCCAAAGAGUCUGGACAGGCUGGACAUUGUCCAGGAAGUGAUGAAGGACGGUUCCCUGCUUGACGCCCUCUUUGAUUACGACGAUAUUGAAAACGGACUGAGUAGGCACUUGUCAGUUAUUUGUUGUAAACUGAAGAAUCUUAUAGAUGACGAGAAAAUCUAGCUACAAUCCUACUGCUGCAUUCCUCAUACCUGAUUUACUGGUACAGGGCUCCUUACUUUUGGUUCUGCUGAGAUGACUAGAUGAGGCGCGUGGCCUAGCAGCUGGUUUGAAGAUGAUGUUUGUUGUUGUGGGUAUUUUUCGUACGGCCGUCUUUUUUGUCGUUUUUAGAAUGCUUGAUAGGAUACAGAGACCAAUCAGUCGUAGAGAAUUAGAGAUAGUUGCUGAUAACGAGUUGAAUUCAUAAAUUCGGUUAUAGUCUGUAUAAAUUGCAAAAGUUUUUGUCGAAAUUUUGAUCCCGAACAAAACGUUUGUGCUUCUUGAAAAAAAGUUAUACGUGUCAAAACGAGAUAAUGAAACGGUAUCAGAAUCUAUAAGUCCGCUUUUUUAAGUAAAUAUUGGAUUCUAACCAGACCGUGCUCCCAAAGCUGCAUUCAAAUGCUAAAACCAGUCUUCUUAUGCUCACAGACCGGUUCGUGGUCUACCGAUUGUUAUUGAUAAUUGUUAUUGAUAAUAAUUGGUUAAUUAUUACUGAUUUAUAAUAUAGUCUUGCUUUUUAAUUUUUUGGAUGUGCUAUUUAUGUUAGUGUUGUGUAAAGGGUGUCACGCGAAGUUUUGAAUUUUCAUUGUC